CAACUGGAGCCGCAAACUCUUGUCCCUCCGGUUGGCUCACCUACAAUAAAUCGUGCUACAAGAUCUUCCUGAAAGCCAAGACCUGGAACGAUGCAGAGAGGUUCUGCAGGGCCCAGAAGACGGGCUGCCACCUGGCCUCCAUCCAUGACGCAGAAGAGUUCAACAGGUUGGCCUGGUAUGGCUACUGGUAUCUCAUCUUUAGAAACAUCUGGAUCGGACUGAAGGAUCCAAAGAAAAAACGAGUCUGGGAGUGGAGCAAUGGCUCCAGAAUGAACUACCAAGACUGGGCCGAAGAAAAGACCAACAAGGCCUGGCGCGAUGACGAGUGCGUUGAGUUGCAGUCCUGGUUAU